AUGGCCGCGGCGUCGUCGCUAUCGACCGCGCCACGCGCACCUCUCUCUCCCGCGCUCGCGUUUUUCGGCGCUCCCUCCAACCGAUUUGGCGCUGCCUGUGCCUGUUUCGGCGAACCAGGCUUCUCGCUGGCAGAGGCGAAAACGAUUUAUGUUGGCGGUCGCAAUGCAUGGAACCCGUGGGGCCCGGGAGUGAGGAAAUGGAAGGGCCCUAACAAAGUCUUGAAAGGCGACACACUGGUGUUCAGAUGGAAGAAAAAAUCGAAUGUGGUUAUGCUGGGCGAUGCAACGGACCCUGCGGCGCCUUAUUAUUACGGCAAGUGCCCCACUCCUGCCCCCACUCAUGCCCCUUGGUGA